AUGGAUUUGAUUCAGGCACUGAGGGACGUGGCAGAAGUGGAUAGGCUGGUCGGCAGCAGCAGCAGCAAGAGAUUGCGGUCCCGAUCUGGCCCCCUGAGGAUGGGCGAUGCUGAGUCUGCAGGCCUUGCUGCUGAGUCAGCAGGCCCUGUUGCUGAAUCAGCAGCCACUGCUGGGUCAGCAGGCUCGGACACGUCAUCAGCGGUGGAAGCAGUUACUGCGGGUGGUGGUGCUGCGUCUGCUAGUGCAGGUUCGGGGCCCGAGCCUGCUGGCCCGGGGCAACGCAGGCUGAGAUACCGAGCCAGGUCCGGGCCUCUGCAUGGUUCGGCAGGUGGCUCGGGCGGCCGUGGGGCAGGCAGGACGGGAGGUUCAGGAAGGCUGAUGAGCAGUAGCGGGGAACUCUAUAAGGAGGCAAAGGGAACGGAGGGCGAUAACAGGCAGGAAUCCUGGACAGGCGAAUUGGGCAAACGGAUUGGUGGGUUUGGGGAAUGGACUGGUGAAGGGAUGGGCGAAAAGAUUGGUGAAGGGAUGGGCGAAAGGAUUGGUGAAGGGAUGGGCGAAAGGAUUGGUGAAGGGAUGGGCGAAAGGAUUGGUGAAGGGAUGGGCGAAAGGAUUGGAGUAACUGGAGGGUGGUCAGGAGGGUCUGGUAGGGGCAGCACGGAGCUCAGUACUCCGUCUCCUCCUUUUCCUCUCGUUCAGCCCGGGCAGCACUGA